AUGUAUUAUAAAUAUAAAUACUUGUUUUCUACAUUGAAAUUCAAUCCAAAUAAGAACUAUUAUCAAGCCCUUAAUCUCACAAACAAAGCAACUUAAGAUGAAAUUAAGAGUGCUUUCUACACUCUUGCUAAAUUAUAUCAUCCUGACAAGAAUCCGAAUUCAAUUGAUUAAUUUAAGGCAAUUAAUGAGGCUUACGAAGUGCUUAAAAAUCCUACUACAAAGAAGGAUUAUGAUGAAAUUUAAGUAAACCCUGCAAAGUAUUAGAAGUAGCAAUAUGAGAGAGAAUAUUACUAAUAGACUUAUAAGUAUUACAACCAAAAUCAAGGAUAAUAUAGAUAAGCAUAUGAUGAAUAUCAAAAACAAUAAGCAUAUAAAUAAUAUCACUUUUAUUCACGUUCAGGGUAUGAUUACUAAGAUCCCUUCAGAGAUUAUCAUAAGUAUAUGAAAGAUGAGCAAUUUGACAAUUAUUCUAAGAGAAAUUCAGAUACAAGAUAUUUAAUUAUAUUUAUGAUGGCAGCAUCAGCUUUUAUAUUUUUUGAGUUGCUCGAUCUAUUUUCAAAUAAUAAGAAACUUAUAUUUACUGACUAAAUUACAGGAUAAUAAUAUAUAACAACAAGACAAGAGUUAAGAAGUAAAGCAUAUAUUAACAGAGAACAGUAAGAAUUUGAACGAAGAAAAACUGAGUAUAAAAUCAUGUAAUAGGAAGAGAUAAGAAGAAUUCGAUAAAAAAAACUUGAAUAAAUGAUUGAGAAAUGAAUAAGUAUUAAAAAUUUAUCUGAAAUUAAUUU